UUAUAAAGAGAUAAAAUUUAUAGAACCAACUAAAGGCCAGUAGACGUUCGUCGUAUCAUCAACAUGGUUGCUAAGUUGCUCGUUGUUUUCGUUUUCGCAUCUUUAGCGUCUACUGUCUCUAUGACGCCGACUGAUGACCGAAAACCUUUUGACUGUCCCCCGAACGAAAAGUAUUACAAAUGCGAACUGGAAGUUUGCUACAAGAAAUGUGACCACCUUGUGAAUUCGCCUCCGUGUCCUCAGAUCGCUGCGGACUGUUAUAAGCCAUCGUGUGAAUGUAUUGACAAUUACGUUAGAACUACUGAUGGUGGACCCUGCAUACCAGAGGAUAAAUGCCCUACAACUGAAGCUAAGGUGCGAGCCCAGGUGGGACUUUAAAGCUUGAGCAGAUGCAACGCGUAACGGAAAGAUCCUAUUUAUAAUACUUAUAAAAAACUUUAUACUACGGUUUUCACAUCCCCGGAGCGCUCCGCAUGUGAAGUUCUUCAUACAGUUCCUUGGAUAAUAAAUCACACAUAUUCCUUAUGGUGUACCGCUGAUACCGUCUUGCUUACUCUUUUUAUACGUCCAAGCCUUUAAAGUUCAUAGUAAGGUACAGGUGGAGGGCGGGGACUGAGGCCGUAUAUCAGAGAAAAUGCUCCUGAUAAACAACUACGAGCUUCGAAAGGAAACUCUAUAGAAGUUUCAUGGCAGGUUUAUACCUCCUUUUAUUUGAUACAAUCAAUGAACAAUUUCCUUACAUUUUAAUUAGCUAUGUUUUAAACAAGAUCAUUUGCAAAUACAUUUUAAAACUUAUGCCAAAAAUUGGUGAACUUUUAGAAAUUGAUCUCUCUGGCUUUGCGGUCUGAAGAUUUUACUCACUUUAUGAGUUACAAGUUUAAAUUAAAAAUUUAUAACACCCCCGACAAGUGAAGGUUUUCUUGGAUUAUAGCUAAGAACACUCUCGAUCAAGCCAUUUAGAGUUUAGACCACGGCACCACGCUUCGUUUGUACCAGCCAAUGCCGUGUUCCCGUCUUAAAAAUGUACAGUGUAUUUAUAGUUACUUAUCUCAAUUAAUGUCACUUUCUUUAAA